GAAUUCCAUAACAACGAUUUAAAAUAAAAACAAAACAUUUUCCAAUAUGAUUAAAUUAAAAUCACUUUUUCGCAGAGGACAAACACCCUCACAGUCCUCAUCUAAACAUUCCAACAGUAGCAGCAACAACAAUCGCAACAAAUCCCAAUCAACUCAAUCCCUAAACACUGCCAUUGAAAACGAAGACAAAAAACAACAGGCAGCAGCAUCGGCAUCAUCGAAAUUCUAUCCCAAUGCCGAUAAUCCACCGCCCAUCAUACAAAUUGAAGGCUCGUCCAGUGAACGUGGUGUAGAUGUGGGUGACGAUCAUUUGAAUAACAGCUAUCAUAGUUUGGAACCAAAUAAACUAUCAUCAAGUGGUGGUGCAGCAUCCGCGGCACAACACGCCCAUACCUUGCCCCAUAAGAAAAACAAAGGUACAACACCGAAGAAAGGUCAAAAACAACCAAAACCAUUACCAGUUGCCCCCAAAACUGCCACGACCGCACCCACAGUUGUUGCUCCAUCACCAGGUGGCCCAACAGGCGAUGUAAUGACUUCAAUGGCAGCUGUAGCACCGGGAACUCAAAGUUCUAGCGUUAAGCCUGGCUCGGCCACAUCCCUAUCAACAUCUCAUUCAAAUCCAGCCCUAUCGGCAACAACCGGAAAUGCUGCUGCCACAACAGCUAAUGAUUUGUAUGCCCUAAAUCCUGCAUUUAUGGCAGCAGCCGCUGCCGCCAGCUAUCAAUUUAUCAACAACGAACAACAGCAGAUAUUGGAGGCUUCAAAUAUCAAAAUGCAAGAAUUGCAAUCUCAAUUGGAUCGUUUGGCACGUGACAAAAUGUUGGCUGAAUCUCGUAUAACUGAACUAUUACCAUAUCAAAGUGAAGUUAACAAACUUAAGAAUGAUAUAAUCAAAAUGCAGAGUGCCCAAGAGAAGAAUCAACUGGAAAUUGCAAAUUUGAAAUAUGAAAAUGAGUCGUUGAGAAAUCGUUUAAGAGACGUUGUCAACUCGCCUUUAUCCGAUGCGGAAAAACAUCAAAUCAUACAAGAUUCUCAACGUUUACAUAGUUCAGCACCAGCAUCCAUUGCUCUACCAACAUCUGCAGAACACGACAAUGGUGGUACUCCUUGCCUCACCCCGGACUGGGAUAAACAUUCCUCGUCCAGUGAAAUCUCUGUAGCCUGUCUGCAGGACAAGAUCAUACAAAUGGAAGAGACCCAUUACUCAACCAAUGAAGAAUUGCAAGCCACGCUCCAAGAACUUUCCGAUUUGCAAGCCCAACUGAGUGAUGCCCAGACGGAAAAUGAACGUUUAGCCGAAGAAAAGGAUGUCCUGUUCCAAUCGCUGUGUCGACAAACUGAAAAACUAAACGAUUCUCGUACCCAAAUCAAUAAUCUGCAAGAACUUUUGCUUAGAGAUGCUAACAAAAACAAUGCCGAGGAGGCUAAUUCCUCUGAAAGAGAAAAGAAAUUGAUGGAUCUGAUCAAAACGGCCCAGGAUGAACGUGAAGCGGUUUUGGUUAAGCAAGAAGAACUCAAUGCCGAAUUACAGGAACUAAGGCAAGCCAAUGAAAACCACAUUGCCGAUCAAUCGCGUCUAAGGGAACGCAUUGCUCUCCUCGAAUCGUCCAUAGAUGCAGAGCAUGCCCAGCGUAAACAAAUGGAACUACAAUUACAAGCAGCCAAAGAGGAAAUUUCACAUGGACUUAUUGAAAUCAAUCGUUUGACAACCCUGCUGGAAAAUGCCAAAUCCAAAAUUGAGGAACUCGAACAAGAUUUGGCUCGGGGUGAUAAGACCGAUCUCAGUGAUCUUUUAGAUGCGGCACGCAAAGAAAAAGAUCUGCUCGAAGAGAAGGUAGCCGAAAUCCAAGAUCAAUGGUCACGCAGUCAGGCCGAGGUCAGACGAUUAAAAGACCAAAUUGCCGAUCUAUCCGAAGAGCUCAAAGUAUCGAAAAACAAUUCGAAAUGUGCCCUUUCACACCUCGAAUUCCGUUUGGAUCAAAUGCAACAGGAAAAGGAAAAACUAUCGGCGGAACAUCAACAGCUGUGUGAAAGUACCAACGAAUUACAAGUGCAAUGUAAAUGUCAUCUGGAGGACAAAAAUCAACUGCAAUCGUUGCUCGGCGAAAGUCAGCAACAACUUAACGAAAUGGAACGAAAACUAAAGGAAACCCAACAGCAGCUGGAAGAUCUGCAACAGUUGCGCAAACAAGAAGCCGAAGAAUGGCAACAAUUCCAGGCGGAUCUUCUGAUGACUGUGCGGGUGGCCAAUGAUUUUAAGACUGAAGCCCUAAGUGCUAGAGAACAAUUAGUAUUGGAUAAUAAGACGCAAAAGGAGAAGAUACGAAUGCUGGAACAGCAAAUUGAGAAAUUAACCAAACAACAACAACAACAAACCGAAACACAACAAUCCGUAUUAUCGUCUGUACAACAAGAAAUGGCCUCCAGACGCAGUAAAGCAGGCAGCUUUUCCCGACAGGACUCACGUCUGUCUGUCAAGACUUUAAUCGAAAGUAUAGAAAAUAACAAACAGACCGCCAAAGCCGAAGAACCCGAGUCUCGCUAUAGCUCUUCGUCUAGCUUAAAUAGUAGCAGUACUCCUGAAAUCACACCCAGUACUAUGCCCUUAGUCAGUACUACAACCAACAAUCCAGACUGGUCAGAGAAUGUUUCCAGACUUACGCCCAUUAUUGGCAGCUUAAAUACAACAACAACGGCAGCUACAUGUACACCCAACAAUACCACAUCAUCCAUUGUCUCAUCUUUGACGACGACGACAAACACAACAACAACCAAGGGUCCACUUAGGGAACAACAACAACAGCAAUCGGUAGUAUCAAAUCUACACAUCAGUAGUCUCAAUAAUGUUUCCAAAUCUCUACUAAGUGGUGAACGCAAAGAUCCUUUGAACAUGCUGGCCAAAAAUGGUGGUUCAAAGCGCAACGCUUUGCUGAAAUGGUGUCAAAAUAAAACUGUCGGUUAUCGCAAUAUAGACAUCACAAAUUUCAGUUCGUCCUGGAAUGAUGGCUUGGCAUUUUGUGCAAUUUUACAUUCCUAUUUACCGGAUCGCAUUCCUUAUGAUACUUUAAGUCCAGCCAACAAAAGACGUAAUUUCUCAUUGGCAUUUGCUGCCGCUGAAUCGGUGGGCAUACCCACAACUUUGAAUAUCAAUGAUAUGUGUCAAAUCGAACGUCCCGAUUGGACCCAAGUAAUGUCUUAUGUUACAGCUAUUUAUAAGUAUUUUGAAACUUAAUUUUAU